AUGGCUUUUUUAGCACAAAUUGGAGAGGACUGGCAACUGUCAGAAACUUUUUGGGACGAGAUUAUUCUACGAAUGCAAACUAAAAUACUUGAAGCUAUCUCUCCAUUUUUGGAACAAAUCGAGAGUGCUUUUGAGAUUGAACAGACUAGUUUACUUGAAACAACAGACCCUCCAUUGCAAAUGACGCCAUCCUUGUCCCAAAACCUCGACCGGUCUGGAGAUGUGAUCCCUAAUACGAGAGAAAUAACAAAAGACUACUCUGACUGCUUGAAGUCCUACAGGAUGUGGCUACUGAUCAUUAUGUUGGUUGUACAAGGGACUGCGAAUCUGGGAGAAGUCCAAACCAAAAUGAAUCCUGAACAAUUUAUGAAUGUGAGUGAGAAAAUCCAGUACUGGGGAUAUCCUUGUGAAGAAUAUGAAGUACUCACAUAUGAUAGCUACUAUUUGAGCCUCAGCAGAAUUCCAGGAGGAUCAAAGGGAGCUAUACUGCUGAUGCAUAGCCUGCUUUUGGAGGGCAGCGUUUGGGUAGCAAAUCUGCCCAAUAAUAGCCUGGGAUUCAUGCUAGCAGAUGCUGGAUAUGAUGUGUGGAUUGGAAAUAGUAGAGGCAACUCCUGGUCUAGAAGACACCAAUUCCUUACAAUUGAUCAACAGGAAUUUUGGGAUUUCAGCUUUCAUGAAAUGGGCAUUUAUGAUCUUUCAGCCAUGACAGACUUUAUUCUGCAAAAAAGUGGACAGGAAAAAAUCUAUUAUGGUGGCCAUGGUCAGGGAAGCAUCCUAGGUUUCGUGGCAUUUUCUGUGGUGCCUCAGAUUGCUGAAAAAAUUAAGCUGUUUUUUGUCUUGGGACCUGCAUAUACAUGCACAUACAGCAAAAGUCCACUUUCACAGCUACUGUGGUUGCCAGAAACAUUUCUGAAGAUUAUAUUUGGCACGAAAGAACUGUGUCUGUUGAGUCCAAGCCUGAAAGCGAGUGCGGCCCAAAAAUGCAGUUGCCAACUAGUGGAUGUGCUUUGCGAGCAAGCUCUCUUCCUUGUCAGUGGAUUUAAUGAAAAAAAUCUCAAUCAGAGCCGGACUGAUGUGUAUGUGUCAAUAUUCCCAGAUUAUACAUCUGUGAAAAAUGGUAUCCACUGGAGUCAGUCAUUUAAAACAGGAGAACUCAGAUUCUUUGACUAUGGCUCAAGAAAUAUAGAAAAAUACAAUCAGACGAUCCCUCCUCCUUAUAGGAUAGAAGAGAUCAUGGUGCCGAUAGCAAUGUGGAGUGGAGGACAGGACUGGAUUUGCCAGCCGGAUGAAACCAUGCAAUUAUUGUCUCGAAUCACUAAUCUCAUUCAUUACAAACAUUUUCCUGAUUGGAACUACUGGGACUUCAUUUGGGGACUGGAUGCUCCUCAGCGCAUGUAUGCGGAAGUCCUUGGAUUGAUGGAGACACACUUGUGA